AUGGGCGACAGCGCGGCUCCUCCAGCGACCAACGAUGUGACCAUGCAAGGCAGUGGUGUCUAUAGCGAUCAUUCCGAUCUGCAGCAUGAAGUCAUGCUACAAGCAUUACCACUCAUCGAAAAAAGCCACAAAAACAAAUAUGAGGCAGCACAAGGUGCCAACUCGAUAAAACCUUUUGAUGAAAUCACGAAAUCGGUUCCAUCAGAGAACCUACAAAUCUUCUUGAAUGACAAACCAAACAACGAUUUCAUCACCCUAUCCUCAACAAUCAGUGAAUGGGCUGGAAGAUUCACCAAAGCACCCUUUGUCGGCAUGAUCCCAGGCAACUUCUACGACCAAAUUCUCCCAGCAAACUCUGUCGACCUCGGCUUUUCACUCGCAUCCGUCCAACACCUGCGCACAACUCGACCAAUGAUGGACGAUAAUCUCCAGCGAAGCCCCAACGCAGACAAACUCCUUCAAGAACAAGCACACAAAGAUCUUUUCCAGUUUCUCCACCACAGAGGAAUAGAAACAAAGCCCGGAGGCUCUCCGGUUCUCUCCUUCCCGAGUAAAUCAAUUUCUGGGCCAUCGGACCUCGUCGGGCCUACUACCUCGAUCUUCGGCGCAUUAAAGCUCAUGCUCGCCGAGGGUAAGGUGUCGAAAAGAGUUCUCUCUUCGCUCAACGAACCUCUCUAUAAUCGGAGCAUGGAAGACGUGCAAUCCACGCUGAACGAAGUCGACGAGGUCUGGGAUAUGCAAGAGUGUUUCGAAAGUCGAGUCGUGCAUCCUGCUUAUUUGGAGCUACAGAAGGUCAAGAGUGACGACGGCUUAGUUGAUGAUGAGACAGCUUGUAAUUAUACGCAUACUAUUAUUCAUUGGGUGACUGCUGUGAUUGCAGGUUACCUCCUCAAGGCUCUGGGAGAUGGAGAUCCAGACAAUUACUCGGAAGGGAGAGGGGGUAAACUUGUGUCGGAGUGGAUUAGGAGGACGAAGGAGUUCUAUUUUGAGCAUUUCAGGAGUGAAGAGGUUUCUAUGUCGUUUAUUCAUAUCUGGCUGCAGAGGAGAUAA